CUCACGGAUGCACAGAUUCUCGCAAAGUUGCGCACGGUGGUAAGCAGCUCGGACCCGACACCGUACUUCCAGGUGCUCAAGAAAGCAGGCCAGGGCGCAUCCGGGAGCGUAUACCUUGCGCGCGCGUUGAAACGCGGUGGCGAGAAGGUUGCGGUGAAGCAGAUGGACCUUGCAGCGCAACCGCGCAAGGAGCUCAUCAUCAACGAGAUCCUUGUAAUGAAGGACAGCCACCACGACAACAUUGUCAACUUCCUCGAGGCAUAUCUCCGCGGCAACUCUGACUUGUGGGUCGUAAUGGAGUACAUGGAGGGGGGCUCGUUGACCGAUAUCAUCGAGAAUAACCGCCACCUCACGGAGAGACAGAUCGCGUGCAUCUGUUUCGAGACCACCAAGGGUUUGCAGCACUUGCACGAGAAGCACAUUAUUCACCGCGACAUCAAGUCCGAUAACGUGUUGCUUGAUGCGCGCGGGAAUGUGAAGAUCACGGACUUUGGCUUCUGUGCGAAAUUGACGGACCAGCGCACGAAGCGUGCCACCAUGGUUGGUACACCGUACUGGAUGGCGCCUGAGGUGGUCAAACAGAAGGAGUACGACGAAAAGGUGGAUGUGUGGUCCUUAGGGAUCAUGACCAUCGAGAUGAUCGAGGGCGAGCCACCGUACUUGAACGAGGAGCCAUUAAAGGCGUUGUACUUGAUUGCCACGAACGGGACGCCGAAGUUGAAGCACCCAGAGCAGUUGUCGGACGAUAUCAAAAAGUUCUUGUCGAUUUGUUUGUGUGUGGAUGUGCGGUACAGGGCAAAGACCGAGGAGUUGGCGCGGCAUUCGUUCUUGGCGAAGGCCUGUCCGAUCUCGGAGUUGUCCGGGUUGUUGGAGUGGAAGAUUGCAGAGGAGGCGGAGUUGUAG